AUACAAAUCUGAAAACUCAUAACAAGAAAUUAUUCAUUUUUGGGAUAAUGGGGGGUUUGAUUUUAGGAAAUAAAAAGUAACGAAGUUUUGUGUGAAUCUUUAAAUUCUGAAAGCAAACGUCAAAAACUUUUGUCUAUAAUUCCAAAAUUGGUAAAUAAAGAAUCCUGCGUUUCCUUUUCUUCUCUCUCAAUCUCUUAUGAUUUGAUUCGUCUUCUUCCAAGUCGUCUGAAUCCGCGUUACUUUUAGCUCUCCAACGCCACCACGCCUCCAAAUUUUUCUUCCGCUAGGAUUCAACUUGUGAUCAGUAAGUAGCUUAACUGUUUAAUGGAUAAUCACGGUCCACGCUAUCCAUACCCUUAUGGUCAGUAUCCAUACCCUUACCCAUACCCAGCUCCAGCUCCUUAUAGACCUCCCAGCUCUGAUCCAUACCCACCACCACCCCCUACCAAUCAAUACAAUGCUCCUUAUUACCCUUACCCACCACCGCCAUAUGCAACACCUCCGCCACCAUAUGCAUCACCACCGCCGCCUCAUCAGCACCCUUCAGGUUCCCAUUCUGGUCCAUUAGACUAUAGCCACAACCCACAACAAUCUUCUUCUCAUCCCGGUCCUCCUGAGUAUCACCGACACUCUUUCGACUACCAACAACAACAACAACAACCUUCUCCUUACCCUUAUCCUCGACCGCAAGCUAACUUUAGCACUUAUGGUCCCCCUCCUCACUAUUCGUAUCAAGAGCCACCCCAAUACCCUCCUCCACCUGAAACUAAACCCCAAGAGACUCCUCCUCCUCCUCCUCCUCAGCAAACUCAGGGCUAUCCAGAAUACCGUAGGCAAGACUGUCUCAGUUCUGUAGAUAAUGUAAGCAAUUCUGGAUCUGCUUAUCCUCCUGUGGAUGAACUUCUCAGUGGUAUGCACAUUUCUAAUAAUAACCAACCAGCGCCCUCUGUUCCACAAUUAUCCUCCCUCCCUUCAAACUCUUGGCAAAGUCGCCCUGGUGAUUUGUAUGGUUACCCUAACAGCUCGUUUCCAAAUAACUCUCAUUUGCCACACUUAGGGCGAGUAGAUUCGUCUAGCUCUUAUUCUCCUGUCUAUGGAUCAUCUGAAUCGCCUCAUAGUGGGGAUAUGCAGAUGACUCUGUUUGGUAAAGGAUCAUUGAAGGUUCUAUUGUUGCAUGGGAAUUUGGAUAUUUGGAUCUAUCAUGCAAAGAAUCUCCCAAACAUGGAUAUGUUCCAUAAGACACUGGGUGAUAUGUUUGGAAGAUUGCCAGGGAAAAUUGAAGGGCAGCUUAGCAGUAAGAUUACCAGUGAUCCUUAUGUUUCUGUAUCAGUUGCUGGUGCUGUGAUUGGNGAAAAUCCUGUUUGGAUGCAACAUUUUUAUGUUCCUGUUGCUCAUCAUGCUGCAGAAGUUCAUUUUGUUGUUAAAGACAGUGAUGUUGUGGGUUCACAGCUUAUAGGGCUGGUUACAAUCCCAGUGGAACAGAUUUACUCUGGUGCAAAAAUUGAAGGAACUUACCCGAUUCUAAACAGUAAUGGGAAGCCUUGUAAACCAGGGGCAAAUUUAUCAUUAUCGAUUCAGUAUACUCCUAUGGACAAACUCAGUGUUUAUCAUCAUGGAGUUGGGGCAGGUCCUGAUUACCAGGGGGUACCUGGAACAUACUUUCCGCUUAGAAAAGGCGGAACUGUGAGAUUGUAUCAAGAUGCACAUGUCCCAGAAGGGAUGCUCCCGGGUAUAAGACUGGACAAUGGGAUGUCUUACGAACAUGGGAAAUGUUGGCAUGAUAUGUUUGAUGCCAUACGCCAGGCGAGGCGAUUAAUUUAUAUCACAGGUUGGUCAGUGUGGCACAAAGUUAGGCUGGUUCGUGAUAAAGUAGGUCCGGCAUCAGAAUGUACUCUUGGGGAGCUCCUAAGAUCAAAGUCCCAAGAAGGCGUGAGAGUCCUGCUGUUGAUUUGGGAUGACCCAACUUCACGUAGCAUCUUGGGUUAUAAAACAGAUGGAGUUAUGGCAACCCAUGAUGAGGAGACACGGCGUUUUUUCAAGCACUCCUCAGUUCAAGUCCUGCUCUGCCCACGAAAUGCUGGAAAGCGACAUAGUUGGGUCAAGCAGAGGGAAGUUGGGACAAUCUAUACACAUCACCAAAAGAACGUAAUAGUGGAUGCCGAUGCUGGUGGUAACAGAAGGAAAAUUGUAGCUUUUGUUGGUGGUCUUGAUCUGUGUGAUGGCCGAUAUGACACUCCUCAACAUCCUUUGUUUAGGUCACUACAGACAAUUCAUAAAGAUGAUUUCCACAACCCCACUUUUACGGGAAACCUUUCAGGAUGUCCAAGAGAGCCUUGGCAUGACUUACACAGUAAGAUCGAUGGCCCAGCUGCGUAUGAUGUACUGACCAACUUCGAGGAGAGAUGGUUGAAAGCUGCGAAGCCUAGCGGGAUCAAGAAGUUUAAGACUUCCUAUGACGAUGCGUUGUUAAGGAUCGAUAGGAUUCCAGAUAUAUUAGGAGUUUCUGAUACUCCUACUGUUAGUGAGAACGAUCCUGAGGCUUGGCAUGUUCAGAUUUUCCGUUCGAUCGACUCAAACUCUGUGAAAGGUUUCCCAAAGGAUCCAAAAGAUGCUACGUGCAAGAACUUGGUGUGUGGGAAAAACGUGCUGAUUGAUAUGAGCAUACACACAGCGUAUGUCAAAGCCAUUCGUGCUGCCCAACACUUCAUUUAUAUUGAGAAUCAGUAUUUCAUUGGGUCAUCCUACAACUGGAAUGCGCAUAAGGACAUAGGUGCGAAUAAUUUGAUUCCUAUGGAAAUUGCGUUGAAGAUAGCUGAAAAGAUCAGGGCAAAUGAACGCUUUGCUGCGUAUAUUGUCAUUCCAAUGUGGCCAGAAGGUGUUCCAACCGGUGCUGCUACCCAGAGGAUUCUAUAUUGGCAGCACAAGACAAUGCAGAUGAUGUAUGAGACUAUCUACAAGGCGUUAGUGGAGACAGGGCUUGAGGGAGCAUUCUGCCCACAAGAUUACCUCAAUUUCUUCUGUCUUGGGAACAGAGAAAUGGUGGAUGGAAUCGAUAACUCAGGAACAGGGAGUCCAAGCAACGCAAACACUCCUCAGGCAUUGAGUAGGAAAAGCAGAAGAUUUAUGAUCUAUGUUCACUCUAAAGGGAUGGUAGUUGAUGAUGAAUACGUAGUAAUUGGGUCUGCAAAUAUAAACCAACGAUCAAUGGAAGGCACAAGAGAUACAGAGAUUGCAAUGGGAGCUUACCAGCCUCAACAUACAUGGGCAAGGAAACAUUCCGGUCCUCGGGGUCAGAUCUACGGAUACAGAAUGUCGCUUUGGGCAGAGCAUAUGGCAACAUUAGAUGACUGUUUCACUCAGCCGGAGAGUAUAGAAUGUGUAAGAAAAGGGAGAACAAUGGGAGAGAGGAACUGGAGCCAGUUUGCAGCUGAAGAAGUGUCAGACAUGAGAGGACAUUUGUUAAAGUAUCCAGUGGAAGUAGAUCGAAAAGGUAAAGUCCGACCACUUCCCGGGAGUGAGACGUUCCCGGACGUAGGAGGCAACAUUGUCGGAUCGUUCAUAGCCAUACAAGAGAAUUUAACCAUUUGAGAAGCAGUGUCACUCACUUUUAACAAUAUUUUUUUGUGUGGAUAUUGGUCACCUUUAAUAAUAAUAAGGAAGAUUAAUUGGUCACCUUUGCACAUUA